AUGGCGGUCAAGCCGUCGACCGACGCCGCCGACGCCGGCGCCUCGCAGCGCGCGUCGGUGGCGGCCGACUACGCCAAGGUGGCCAACAACGCCGCCGGGUGCUGCGUCUCCUCGGCCCAGAACCGCGGCGCCGUUGGGUACACCCCCGCGGAUCUGGCGCUCGUGGGCGACGCGGACCUCGGCGUCGGCUGCGGCACGCCCGUCCGUUUGGCGCGGCUCCAGACCGGGGAGAACGUGCUCGACCUCGGCUGCGGCGCGGGAAUAGACUGCCUCCUCGCCGCAGACGCCGUGGGACCCGCGGGGCGCGUCGUGGGCGUCGACAUGACACCCGAGAUGCUCACACGCGCCAGGGCGGAAGCCCUCAAGUCCGAGCUCGCACCGCCCCGCCUGGAGUUCAGGCUCGGGGAGAUCGAGAACCUGCCGUGCGAAAACGACUGGGCGGACGCGGUCAUCUCCAACUGCGUCGUCAACCUCUCGCCGGACAAACCCCGGGUCUUGCGCGAGGCUCUCAGGGUCCUCAAGCCCGGAGCCGGGGCUCCCGUGGCUCAGGACCUCAUCGACAUGCUCGUCGAUGCGGGGUUCGAGCGCGUGAGCGUCGUCGAAAAGGAGGAGAGCAAGGAGUUCAUCAAGGACUGGCUGCCGGGCAGCGGCGCGGAGGACUACGUCGUGUCCGCCAACGUCACCGCGUACAAACCCGCGGCGAACGUCGCCGGCGCGUUGGCCGACGAGGACCUCUACGAAGAUUUCGAGCCCAAAUCGUCAACCGCGUUGAAGGCGCAGCUGGCAGACGCCUUCGCGAGCGCCGCCGGCGUCGACGCGCGAACGGCGGCCCCGGUGGGCGCGGCCUUGGCGGCGCUCGUCGCGGCGGUGGGCGGGGUGGUGCGGGCCCUCGGCGCGCACCACGCGGAGCACACCGACGCCCCGGGCGAGGUCAACUGCUGCGCCGACGUCGACUGCUCGUCGGAGGACCUUCCGACGGAGGUGAAGAAGAGCUGCUGAUAAUCAGCCCCUGCCCGGGCACGUCUCCGGGUGAGGGGCUUCGGGCCGUCUGAGCGGCCCGACCAGUCGGUGGUCCGAGCGAGCCAGUGAACUCGCCACUGAAGCUCUGCGAGUGCGAAGCUUCGAGAUAGAGAUGGAUCGGUUUCGAAGAAUCGGUCGGCGCGACGCGAGGAACGGGACUUUGGUGACCGCGGAUGUCGAAAACCGCCCACACCGGGGCGGCGGCGACCGCGAGAUGCGUUUCCGAGAACCCGCUCGCGACCACCUGACCUUCGAGCCGACCGUGUAACAAGUAUACAUCUACAAACGA